UUUCAAGAUUUCAUUUCACUCAAACAUGUAAGAACGAGCAUUAUCAUAGUUAAACAAAUGAGCAAAGAUUUCAGUUCAUCAAUGUAAUGGGAAGAGCACAUGUUAAUGCAUGAAAGGCCUAAAUAAUAAGUAUAACUUUACAUCUAGUUUACUACAGUUAUUUGUGAAUUUUUUGCUGUUUAUAUGAUGAAACAUUCAUUGAACAUUUAACUUGUAAAAGUCAGCUGGAUUUUUUUUCUUCACAACAGCACAGUAUAACAAAGAGGCUUUUAUUCAUAUAGUGAAAGUGAAAUCACAGAAUCACAUGAUUGUGUGCAAUAAUAGUAUUUUUUUAUUUAUCACUCUCAAAUGUAGCAUAGCCUACUAUACAUACAUGGAAAAAUGUUUGUUAUCUUUAGGCUUUAAUCCUUUUUUACCAAAACCCUGUUUGUAAAGGGAUUGAACAGCAUGAAGAAUCUUUCUGCACCAAAUAUUUCAUUCACAGACUUCAUGUUAAAUGGUUUUUACAGCCUAGGGGAAUGGAGGCCCUUUUUAUUUAUUCCUUUCUUUCUGAUGUUUUUAUUGGCUAUCACAGCAAAUUCUAUUCUCAUAUAUUUAAUUAUAUCUCAAAAGUCUCUGCAUUCUCCUAUGUAUGUACUAAUAGGUGUUAUGGCAGUGUUAGACUUGAUCGGGCCUAUAUCUUCUGUACCCAGCAUGCUUCUUAGCUUGUUAUUUAACUGGAGUGGGAUAUCUCUAGUUGGUUGUUUAAUACAAAUGUUUUGCAUUCAUUAUGUUGGAUCAUUUCAGUCCACUUUGCUUUUGUGGAUGGCACUGGACCGUUACUUUGCAAUUUGCAAACCUCUUUACUAUCACAAAUACAUGGAAAUUCCUAACUUUCUAAAGUAUGUUGUUGUGCCAUUAAUCAGAAAUGGAAUCCUGAAUGUCACCAUAGUCUCUCUGGCUGGAAAAUUGUCAUUUUGUUCAACAAAUGUUAUCGAUCACUGUUUUUGUGAACACAUGGCAUUGGUUCAGUUAGCAUGUGGAGAUAUAUCAAUUAAUAACUUGGUUGGACUUUUGUCUACUUUCCUUAUACCAACUGCAGAUUUUAUUAUCAUUACUGCUUCCUACAUUGUGAUUUUUGCCUCUGUGUUUAAAUCUGGUAAGGCCCAAAUAAAGGCCAUAAACACCUGCAUUACUCACAUCAUUGUUAUGUUAUUUACUUUGAUUUUUGCCCUGAUUGCAUUCUUGUCAUACAGAGCAAAAAAUAAUAAUUUUUCUCCCAAUAGUCGUGUAUUUGUGAGCGCAAUGUACUUACUUUUUCCAAGUUGUUUUAACCCAAUUAUUUAUGGAGUGAGAACAAAAGAAAUAAGACAAAGGUUUCUUCAGUUUAUUAGAAAGGUAUAAGUCUGUCCUUUGUACAGAAAUCUAAAAGAAGUAAAUAUGCAAUAAUGUGCCAUUUAAAUAAGGAUUUGUUGUUUUGUUAAAGCUAUAGUUUAAAACGCUUAUUAUGUAGGCCAUAUUUGAAAAUAUGAGACUGAAAAUAUGUUAAUAAUGGACAUACUGUAAACAAUGAUGGUAAUUUAGAAGAAUGAUAUCAUUGUGCACAAUUUUUGUAUACACAAAUGGAGUUAAUAAAGCAAAAAAUAAAUAAAUAAAUAAAUACACAGCAUUCUC